AUGGUUGUGCUUUUUUUGGAGUGGCGCAUGUUGGAUGGUGUUCCAGUUAGGACGCCGUCGACUCGCAAGCCUCUGGGACGUCUGGACAUGAUCGAAUGUGCGGUACUUGAACAGGACGAGUAUAUGAAACGUGUCGCUACAGGGCAAUGCCCGCCACAACCUACCAAGCGUGCGAAAAAUUAUCAUAAAAAGUUAGGCAAAUUAACCAGUGGCAAAUAUGAUUGGCGAAUGAAGAAGCGGAAGGAGGGCGUGAGGAAAGACUGGACGAGGAAGAAGAGACUGUUACUGAAGGCAGUUUUCCUGGGCAAGCAGGCAUUCUAUCGACUGCAGCUGCGCAGCGUCAACUACGAAUUUGAACUCAUCCAGGGCCUGUUUCUAGUGCUGGAGUGCCCGAAGAGAAAGAAAGAAAAGAAGGUGAUGUGUUUCCCAGUUAUUCAUUGCAGUUCGUUUCGCAUACUUCGAGAGUUUAAUUUCGCAGGUGCUAGUUUACAAAUUAAUUGUACAUAACG